CAACGACUCAAGAGUUUCAGCCCUCUACAACAUGGCAAAGUGUUGUAGUGAUUUUAAAAUCUAUUUGGAAGUCAUAAACUGAUUAAAUUUCCAUGCAGUACAUCCAGUUAUCCACACCAUGAUACCAGGAAGAUGAAUCCAAAAGACAUCAUCUUGGGUACUGUCUUCUGUGCUCAAACUGCCUUUGGGGUUCUGGGGAACUCCUUCCUGAUCUGUCUCUUCCUCUGUACAUUCCUCACUGGACGGAAAAUGAGGCCCAUAGACACGAUUCUUGUCCAGCUGGCUUGCUUCAACUCCUUGCUGCUUCUCUCCAAGGGCAUCCCUCAGACGAUGACAGCUUUGGGCUGGAAGAAUUUCUUAGAUGACAAGGGGUGCAUCAUUUUCUUCUACUUUCACAAAGUGUCUCGGGGGCUUUCCCUCAGCAUCACCAGCCUAUUGAGUGGCUUUCAAGCCAUCACCAUCAGUCCCAGCAACUCCAGCUGGGCAGAAAUUAAAGUCAGAGCCCCCAAGUAUAUCAUCUCCACCUCUUUUUUCUGCUGCAUCAUCCAUUUGCUAUUCAAUAGCAUUGUUUUUGUGAAAUUUAAAAGUCUACAGGGCUACAGAAACUACUCAGAAUUACACAGUUAUGGCUACUGUCCUGGUUUGGAAGCCACCAAAGUCGGUGAUGCCUUUUUUGGAAUCGUGGCCUCCCUCCGGGAUGCUGCGUUUCUAGGUCUCAUGGUCUUGGCCAGCGGCUACAUGAUAUUUUUUCUGUAUGGACACCACAAGCGAAACCAGUACCUCUACACGGUCAGGCUUUCGCCCAGAGCUUCUCCCAAAACCAAAGCCAUCUCAUCUAUCCUGCUGCUAGUGAGCACCUUUUUCUGUUUUUACUUACUCAAUUCGAUUUUGAUUUCAUACAUGUAUUUCAGAAAGCCAAGACUCUGGUUAAUGCAGUGCUCUAUCUACCUUAGUGUCUGUUUCCCUACUUUUAGUCCAUUUGUACUGAUUAGUAGUGACUCACACCUUCUCCAAUAUUGCUCUGAUCUUUGGAGGAGGAAAGUCCCACAUCAUUAG